AUGAACUCAUCAGCCUGGUCACUGGCCGCCGCCGUGGGCACCCCGCACAGCGCUGACGAGGGCCACGGGAAGAGAAAAGGUCUGCUCAUGGCCCUCGUCAGCAGCCUGGAAAACGUGCGCUUCAUUGACCAAGCCCGGCGCAAAUCAAAUUUGAUUCUAAAAUCUAGGCGCACCCGAGAUUUAUGGCGAAGACGUGCUGGUGGACGGACAGCCCUGCGACUGCGAGCCCGCGGCCUGCCGGGUGGGCGACCCCGUGCGCCUGGAGGUGCGGCUGACCAACCAGAGCCCGCGCAGCGUGGGGCCCUUCGCCCUGACGGUGGUCCCCUUCCAGGACCACCAGAACGGCGUGCACAACUACGACCUGCCGCACGCCGUGUCCUUCGUGGGCUCCAGCACCUUCCACCUGGACGCGGUGCAGCCGGCCGGCCAGUGCGCCUGCCUCGGGGCCCUCCUCUUCCUCUGCACGGGCGACUUCUUCCUGCACAUCCGCCUCCACGAGGACUGCUCGAGCAAGGCGCUGCCGCCGUCCUGGUUCUGCCUGCCCAGCGUGCACCUGCAGGCCCUGGAGGCCCCGGCCUAGCGCCGCCCGCCCGGCCCUGCGCCUGCCGGCACAGGUGUGCCCCCACACCCCCGGCCAGGCUCCCCCUUUCUCCGGCAGCCUCCAGGCCUCGAGGGCCCCAGACUUGGCGGCCGUGCCCACCUCCCACCGCCCCCAGCACGCCUCUGCUGGAGCUGGCGCUUGGGCAGAAGCUGACCGGUGCCCAGAGGGUGGUGCCACCCUGCCCUGUCCUGCAGCCUGGGGGUCACAGCCCAGGACAUCCACAGGAGGAGAGGGCGGUGUGGGGGAGGGGCGGCCAGUCGUCUGGGGGAGCCUCCUUGCCCCUGGACUCUUGGAAUCCCGGGGGCAGUGGGCACAGGGACGGCCCUGUGGUCAGCUCCAGGAAGAGCCGCGGGCCCUGCACAGGCCUGUGCUACCCGCCCGCCCGCCCGCCAGGGCUGCUCCCGGCUCCCACACAGCGAGCCCCGUGCGCCUGCGACCCGUUCUCAAUAAAGGGCCCGCUCCUGCCUCUGCCGGUCCAGCGCGUCCGUGUCGUCCCCUGCUGGCCUGGCCGCGCCGCGCCCGCGCGCCUCUGCGCCCCAUUUCCUCAGCUCUGA